AGUUUUCCUUCGUCCGCAGUGACCUCUGUCCUUUUAAAUCGUUUAAUUCAUUUGUCGACGAAUAUUGUCUCGCAUUGGUGCAGACUGUGCUGUCUCGGAUCACCGCAGCACGCAUUCUCAAAAAAGUUAAUUAAAUAAAUAAAAGAAUGGCCUUAUUAACGCCUCUCUUCGCGUUUCUGUAUCAUUUGCCGCAGGUUUACAAAUGGCUACUAAAGCCGUACUACAUAGCCUCGUUAUUUAUGUGUGUGGCGUUCCUGCUUGUCCGCAAAACACCUGGGAUCUGCGAACAUCUUUCGACGCAGCGUGAGGAUGGCAAUUCAUGCGAUUUCGACUGGAGAGAGGUGGAGAUACUGAUGUUCUUAAGCGCUAUAGUCAUGAUGAAGAACAGAAGAGCAAUUACCAUUGAGCAGCACUUGGGGAACAUCAUCCUCUUUAGUAAAGUAGCCAAUGUGAUUCUGUUCUUCAGACUGGACAUACGUUUGGGGCUUCUCUACUUGACAUUGUGUAUUGUUUUCCUGAUGACCUGCAAACCUCCUCUCUACAUGGGCCCUGAGUACAUCAAGUACUUCAGUGAUAAAACCAUUGAUGACGAGUUGGAGAAGGAUAACAGAGUGACCUGGAUCGUGGAGUUUUUUGCUAACUGGUCACCAGAGUGUCAGUCUUUCGCCUCUGUUUAUGCUGAUCUGUCCUUGAAGUACAACUGUGCAGGGCUGAAAUUUGGCAAGGUGGACAUCGGUCGUUACAGCGAAGUAUCCAAAAAGUACAGGGUCAGCACCUCUCCUCUCUCAAAGCAGCUGCCCUCUCUGGUGCUCUUCCAGGGAGGAAAGGAAGUUAUGAGGCGCCCUCAGGUGGACAAAAAGGGACGGGCAGUGUCUUGGACCUUCACAGAGGAAAACAUCAUCCGCGAGUUUAACCUCAAUGAGUUGUAUCAGAAGUCGAAGAAGCUUGAUAAGACUAAAGGAGAGAAGUUCGAGAGGCCGACUGAAUCUGUGUUUGCCCCUGUGCCUGAAGAGGAGGAACCGGAGGCCGAGACCAUCACUGCGAUGGACACGGAGAGCAAGAAGGACAAAUAGAAAGUGCAUGCUGCUGAAGAGCACUGGGAAUCACUAUGGGACUGGACCAGAGUAUGCAGAGAGAAAGAGUUUGUAUGAAGUUAUAAACGGAAUGAUUGUGUUAUUGUUUCUUUUUGUAUAAUGUAUUAGUUAAGUGCAAAAUCAGUCCAAUAAUAUAAUAAAUUCUAAUAUUAAUACAUAUUUAGAUUUCAUAAUCACUGAUAUGCUGGACACAGUAUGCACAGACAAAACUGUUAUUUGGGACAUUGAUAGUCAAUCUCUGUCAAUCUCGGUUUUAAUUGAAUCUAGUUAAACAGUUAAACAUUGGACAUCUACCUCUAAUACGGUUAAUAAUUGUGAAGUGAUCAUUAGUAAGGGGUUAUUUUGUGUUGCAUAUGCAUCACUAUCGGGGAACAAACUUUUUAUCAGUUCUUUUUCUGUUCUACUGUUAAUCCUCCCAUUCCAUUGCCACUCCUAGUAUUUUUUAUUUUCUAUUUUUUUGUAUUAUUUUUGUGAAACAGCUUGGUUGGGUAAUGGUACUGACUACUAGACUGAAUUCAGUGGUCCAAAAAGAGAGGGUCUUUUAUGCCAACAGUUCAUGUUAUGAACAUUUAUUAAAUCUGUAAGAGUGAGAUCUCAAGAUAAUAUUUUGCAAGAUUCAGUUGUUACCUUUGACAUUUAGACCCAGUUACACAUUUCAUUUUAGAGAGAAUAUACUGCAGUAUACUAAAAGUCUUAAAUGUUUUGUUUAAAUGUAUUUUAAUUUUCUUUAUGCUGAAUGAUACAAGUUUUUAACAUUUCUUUUUUAUGUUAAACUGACAGGCACGGAAGAAAGCUGCAGGCAGUCUUCACGUUUUAACAUUUUCAGGUCAUUAAAUUGACAGUUGGAAGCUUUUAUUGUCAGUUUGUUCAUGUAGAAUAGUGUCAUUAAUUUCCCCGCAAAAAAGCAAUAUUGUUUUAGUUCCCUACUGAGUAAACAAUUCUUGAUUUUUCACUAAUAUUUAAUGAACUGAUGUCUGAAAGAUGUGCUAAGUGCUUUGAGUGUUUUUUUGCCAUUUCAAUAAAACACUUUGUUCUUCACAUCC